GAAAUCUCACAAAACAUAUGAAGUCUAAAGCACACAUGAAAAAAUGCCUGGAGCUUGGAGUAUCAAUGACAUCUGUAGAUGAUGCUGAAACUGAAGAAGCAGAAAACAUGGAGGACAUGCAGCAGGAGGCCGAGAAGAGCAGCAACCUGGCAGGCCUGUCAGCAGAGCACCAGUUUUCUGACGCGGAGGAGUCGGAUGGCGAGGAUGGCGACGACAAUGAUGAUGAUGAUGAAGAUGAGGACGAUUUUGAUGAUACUCAGGGAGACUCAACACCAAAAACCAGAUCAAGAAGCACCAGCCCACAGCCCCCUCGGUUCUCCUCCCUGUCGGUGAACUCAGCUGGGGCGUCACAGGGGGCUUCCCCCGAGGGCUCCCUCUCCAUGGGACACUCCUCCCUCAUCAGUUACUUGGUCACCUUACCCAGCAUUCAGGUUACUCAGCUUAUAACACCAAGCGACUCCUGCGAAGACUCCCAGAUGACAGAAUACCAGAGGUUUUUCCAGAGUAAGAGCACCGACUCAGAGCCCGAUAAAGACAGGCUGGACAUACCUAGCUGCAUGGAUGAGGAUUACGUGCUUUCCUUAGACCCCAGUUCGUCUCCAAGGGACUUUUCACCUUCCAGUCGACAGUCGUCACCCGGCUACGAUUCCUCACCCUAUAGAGAUAACUCACCAAAGAGGUAUUUAAUGCCAAAAGGGGAUUUGUCACCCAGAAGACAUCUGUCACCCCGAAGAGACAUUUCGCCCAUGAAGCACCUUUCCCCACGGAAGGAGGCUGUGCUGAGGAGGGAAUUAUCACCAAGACGGGAGGUGUCACCAAGGCGUCACCUAUCGCCACGGAGACCCAUAUCCCCAGGGAAAGAUGCGUCUGUUCGAAGAGAUAUGUCUCCCAGGAGAGAGAGGAGAUACAUGGCCUCUGUUAGAGCAGCAUCUCCCCGGAGGGGCUUGUACCAUAAUCCAGCGUUGUCCAUGGGUCAAUACUUACAGUCUGAAUCAAUUCCAGUAGGGCAUUCA